AUGUCCACACAAUCUGGUAUUGUCGCAGAACAGACUUUGCUGCACUCCCUGAACGAAAAUCUUUCCGCCAAUGGAACUGUCGUCGUCAUUGCCAAGAUUUCCCCUGAUUCCACCUCAGUACGUCAAACACAAGUGACACAUAAUUUGGAACAACUAGUCCAGUUCGCAUCGCAAGGCAAGGAACCACUGUAUAUCUUCUAUAAACCUGAAGGUGUUGCUAAAUACUUCUUCGUGUCAUUCAUCCCCGAUGGCUCUCCUGUAAGAUCAAGGAUGCUUUAUGCCUCGACUAAGAACACUCUAGCAAGGCAAGUCGGUUCAAACUCCUUAUGCACGGAACAACCAUUGAUCACAGAUGCGCAGGACUUGAUAGAUUUGAAAAACUUUGACAAUGACCGUCCUGCUACCCAAAACGAACCCCUGACACAAGACGAAAUAAUGCAAAUCGAAAUCAACAAACAACAGGCAUUCUUAAGGAAGAACAACUCCGUUAAGUUAGUCUCUCAGGACAGUGGUUCGCCUUUAUCGUUGACAUUUAGGGUCAAUUCUGAGAAACCCAUCAAUGAAAUAUUGAGUACGGACGGUAAAAAUUUGAUCAUCUUUCAAAUCAAUCCUUCGGAUGAAACCAUCCAAAUUGUGCAAUCUGAGACAUGUCCCUCAGUAAAUGAAUUGCAAAUUGACUUGUUCGGGCCAAGUUACACGAUCUUCAAGCAGGGAGACUCAAACUUCUUCAUCUACUCUUGCCCCUCCGGCAGCAAAGUCAAAGAUAGAAUGAUAUACGCCUCCAACAAAAAUGGAUUUAUUAACUACUUGAAAAAUGACCAGAAAAUUUCAUUCAGUAAAGUAGUAGAAAUCGGUGAUUUUGCAGAAUUAGAUAAGUCCACAUUAAUAGCAACUAAAGAAGAUAGCCUCGAUCAUGACCCUAACCCAGACCAGUCAAACAAUGGCGGUUUGAGAUUCAACAAACCAAGGGGCCCAAUGAGGAAAAGAAGAACAUAG